AUGACUCGCCCGCCGCCCGGCGUGAGCUUCGCGCAGUUCUUCCCCAACGCCCCCAAGCUCAAAACAGAGGUCCAGGGACGUGCCGACCGAGACCGGCUGAGGCGGCCGCAGGAACCAGCCGUCGGGACAGAUGCCAUCGAUGCGAAUGAUCCCGCUCCGCGCUGCCAAAACCCUGCGGCCUCUUCCUUGUUCACCUCCUCAUCAGCAUCAGCAGGAGCCCCAGAUCCCACCCAGCCGCCCGCCGACGACAACGGCUCGUCGCCGGGCGAUAUGCCGAGCGUGGCCUCAACCAGCUCCCAUGCCAGCUCUGCUUCUUCCGUCUUCAGCGGCUCUGCCUUGCCAGCUGCGACAGCCGCGUCCUCCGGACCAUCCAUGAGCGCGACCCCCUUCGCCUCCACAGACUCGCCCUCCUCCCUUCACGCGCCUGCGAAAUCAAGCAUGCCUACGCCCGCCAUCGUCGACCGGGCUCUGGGCCCCCAGUCGGAGACUGCCGCAUCCGCCGGCCACCCCCCGUCGCAGGACAGGACCCCGUCGACGGAACGCAUCCCUGCUCGAGAUCCUUUGCCCUCGAUCAAAGGCAUCAAAUGCAUACAUGACCCGCUCCUCGAUCGACUCCGCAAAAAGGUUGUCAACAAGUCCGCGAAACCAGUCUACAAGGAGUUUGGCUUGGUACGUACACAUGACGCCCCCCCUGCGGAUCCGCGCCUGGCAAAGGCGGGAGAUAGGCUGGGUUAUAUCAACACGGAUUACUACCUGCCCAAGGCUCGUCUGCGCCAUGCUCCCGAGAAUCUCAAGCCGUAUCCCUAUGAUCCGAAAACCUCCAUCGGCCCCGGCCCUCCAACGCAGGUCCUGGUGACCAAGUACAACCCUCUGGUGUCGUUCAACAAGGUGAUUGCCAUUUUCGCCGCCUUUGGUGAGAUUGCAGAGAGCAGCAACAAGAUGCACCCUGAUACGGGCAGCUACCUCGGCUUUGCAACUAUUCGAUACCGCGACUCGAAGCGCCCGGACCGUCCGCGGGUGUCCGCCAUUGACGCCGCGCGACGCGCCGUUCGCACUCGAGGCAUCAAGGUCGACGCCGACGUCGUCAAGGUGGAAUACGACCCCGAAGGUCGCAAGAGCCGGCGCAUGCUGGAAGAAGUCCUCAAGCGGGAGAGGGAGAAGCUGGCCAACGAGUCGGCACGGACAAAGGCCCCUCCUACCGGGCCCAGGUCCGCCACCGCGCCCGGCUUCUUCAGGCCACCGCCAACCGCACCCAAGGGUCUGGCGCCCCAAAGACCUCACCCGCCAAACGCGAUUCACUCUCCAGCGCUCUCUCAAUUGACCAAUGAGCCAUACAUCUUUGUCGGCUGUGAAAGCGUCCCACCCCUCCCAAGCAUCAUACCCCACAUGAAGAAGCGACUGAAGAAUUAUGGAUUUGACGACAUCCGCCUCGACAAGACUGGGUUCUACAUCGUCUUCCGAAACUCGUAUACCGGGCGAAGCGAAGCCGAACGUUGCUUUCGGGCUGUUAAUCACACCGAAUUCUUCAACUACAAUAUGGCUAUGCAGCUCUGCCUCCCACGCUCAUCCCACGUCGAAUCUGCAGCAAAACGCAGCCCCAGCCCCGAGCGAGCACCUAGGAAGGACUAUCGGGCGGAGAAGGCGGAGCUGGAGAGGAAGCGCCGGGAAGAUGAGGCUGACCUCGAGGAGGAAAAGAGGCAGAGGGCCAAGAACUUUGACCCCGUCAUUGAAGCCGUGGAGGUGGUUCGCCGCGAAAUGACGGAGCAUCUCAUCAGGCACAUUCACACCCACGUUGCGGUGCCCGCGCUGGUCGAAUUCCUGAAUCCAGCCAAUCAUGUCGCCAAGCGACGGAAGCUCAACAUUGACCCUGUAGAGGUCGAAGAAGAUGGCUUCGAAAGCGGUAGCACCAGCCCCAGGCUAGGAACUCCCAACUCCCGAGCAGACCCGAUCGAGCGCCGGACCGGCCGUCUAGAGCCCAAGGCUCUGCCGAGGAUUCGUAAAAGCAAAACGAAAGGCCUGGCUCCUCGGAGCACCUUUGUCGAUCCAUUUGCGCGGAAACGCGCUUCGGCAACACGUACAGCAUUCCGAUCCUUGCACCAUCGCCUCAAGAGUCUCGACAGCGAUUUCGAGUCUGAUGACGAAACAGACGCAAGAGUAUUGGCAUCCCGAGGUGCUCGCCAGCCGGAGUCGCGCGCUCGCAGCCGCAUGAGCACUGAUGACGAGGCGUCCAAGGACGACUUCACCUCGUGGGGUCCGGGCGAAGACGACUCCAUGACAGAGGCCAGCCUCGCCAUUGACACCUCGAUUGCUAAGAAGCGAAAGCUCGACCUCUCGGUGGAGAAGGCCUUCAAACGACAGAAGAAGUCUGACGAGGAGCUGUUUGGCGUCAAGAUUGACCAGAUCGAUGAUGAAUUCAAGGUGGCCGAUGAGUCCGACGAUGCUGGCAUGGAGCUAGAUGUGACUGCAGAGCGGGAAGAGUCCACCGCCGGCCCCGAAGGACAAUUGUCGCAGCUCGAAAUCACGCAAAAGUCAAAGCCGGCUAAAGCUAAGCGCAAAACCAAAAAGCAACUGCUUCUGGAACAAGAGGCGUUGAGCAAGCAGUCAGAGGCAGAGGUAGAGGCAGAGACACAGCUUUCGGAAGCGGACGAGACGAAACCCACGAGCGAAGCCGUACCGGUGCCCGAGGUUGUAGUCGACCGAUAUGACGAAAAACUCUUCGCGACUAAGCCCAUGACCGCGGCGGCAGCACUCCCCGACGGAUUCAAGCCCGACAUUGCCUCGUUGGCAGCUCUGUCCCUCGGCCCCAACGACGUUCCGGAUCUCAGCCGACUGCUCAAGAAGUUUCAGAUCGAGGAGAUUGGCAACCCGGAGCUGUGGCUGUGGAAGCGGAAUCGCGUCCGGGAACUCAACGCGUCUGACGGUGCUCGUGGCGGCCCGGUUCGCAUUGAAGGCUACUAUGUGCCGAACCCGAGUGGCUGCGCGCGAACGGAAGGGGCCAAGAAGAUCCUCAACUCGGAGAAGUCAAAGUAUCUGCCGCACCAUAUCAAGGUCCAGAAGGCCAGGGAGGAGCGGGAGGCAAAUUCCAAGAAGACGGGCAGAGAUGCUACGAUUGCCGCCAACGAAGCCGCCAAGCUGGCCGCCGAAAAGCUCAUCGCCAAGGGCAACUCUCGGGCGAACCGCGCCACCAACCGACGGUAUGUCGCAGAUCUCAACGACCAGAAGAAGACGCUUGGGCAAGACUCGGACGUCUUCAAGUUCAACCAACUCAAGAAGCGGAAGAAGCCCGUCAAGUUUGCUCGCUCGGCCAUCCACAACUGGGGCUUGUACGCCAUGGAAAACAUCAACAAGGAUGACAUGAUCAUCGAGUAUGUUGGCGAGGAGGUCCGGCAGCAGAUUGCCGAGAUUCGGGAGAAUCGCUACCUCAAGAGCGGCAUCGGCAGCAGUUAUCUGUUCCGCAUCGAUGACAAUACGGUCAUUGACGCGACGAAAAAGGGAGGCAUUGCGCGAUUCAUCAACCACAGCUGCAUGCCCAACUGCACUGCCAAGAUCAUCAAGGUCGAGGGCAGCAAGCGAAUCGUCAUUUAUGCUCUGCGCGACAUUGCUAUGAACGAGGAACUUACGUAUGACUACAAAUUCGAGCGGGAGAUUGGCAGCUUAGACCGGAUCCCCUGUUUGUGCGGCACGGCCGCUUGCAAGGGGUUCCUCAACUAA